AUGGGUAACAACGCCACCAAGGAAUCGCGGCCCGGCUCGUCGCGCGGCCACUCCCACCCUAACAGCAUUCGCGAUGCUCCCGCCCACUCGGGCCAUCCGGGCGCCUCCCGCAGCGCCGACGAUAGAGUCUACGCCUCACGCGGGGGCCGCAACACCAGCAGGCCCGACCUAUCCUUCCUCGGCCUCGGCACCCCCGACAGAGACCCGCCGUCCGUCGAGACGCGCCGCGAGACGCGGGCUGAGCGCGAGGCCCGGAAGCUCGCAAAAGAGCGGGAAUUGAGAGCGCAAGAGCGCGAGCGGAGCAUGCGCGACGAAGGCGUCGACGGCGGAUACCUGGUCACUCUGGGCACGUACACUGGGCCCGAAGACUUCAACAAGCAGGUCGUCAGGCAGCUGAUGAUUGAGCGGCGCCUGGCUCCAUUUUGGAAAGGCUUGAACGACCACUCGGAUUCAUGGACCGAGCACCAGCUUGUCGCAGCCGUCAAAGGCUUGCCCAUCCCUCCGGCGGACGAGGUCCCGGAUGACAUGUCAAAGUCUUCGUCGGACGACCAGAACCCCAAGUCGGCCGACAGCCUCAAUGGCCUCAUGGUUCCAAUUACCGCCAGAUCGGCUUCCUCGCAUUCGGAUGCCUCCGGACGCCUCUCGCCAGGCCAGUCGGGAUUCUCGCUGCCGUCGCCGAGCUCUCCUAUCUCCCAGGGUAACACAUCUUCCUCACCAUUCUUCCGGGGCCGCGCUAAGACCUUAGCUGCCUUGACCACGUCCUCAAGGAAUAACUCGCAGGGCGAAAUGCUACCGCAGGAAGUCAUGCUACCCAAGGAUCCGUACGUCAACGGCCAGCGCCUCGAAGCCUUCCUCUACAAGGACGCCUCCGAAUGCCCCAUCUGCUUCCUCUACUACCCGCCCUACCUCAACAAAACGCGUUGCUGCGACCAGCCGAUUUGCUCCGAAUGCUUCGUCCAGAUCAAGCGACCCGAUCCGCAUCCGCCCGAGCACCACGACCCGAACGACCCUAAUGCCCAGAACCAGAACGAACCCCAAGACGACUGCAUGCUAGUCUCCGAACCCGCCGCUUGCCCUUUUUGCGUGCAGCCCGAAUUCGGCGUUACUUAUGAAUCGCCGCCGUUCAGACGGGGCUUGUCAUACCAAGGACAUGUCCCGCCGAACAUGACCUCUGCCACAUCCUCCUCGUCGUCUCUUGACGUGAACCAGCCCGUCACUGGCAACAGGCGGAGAGCUACCUCACUUGCUGCAGAUGCGCCGCAGGUCAUCACUACAGACAAGGUGCGGCCGGACUGGGCGAAGAAGUUGGCAGAUGCACGUGCGCACGCCUUGCGCAGAUCUGCUGCGGCCACGGCUCUGCACAAUGCGGCAUAUGUUAUUGGCAACAAUCAAUCUGACAGCAGAGGUUUCAGCCUUGGCAGGAGAAGGAGGACGCUCUUCGCUGGUGAUAGCCCUGGUAGCAGCGGACAAGGUACGCCCCGCCAGCCCAACAACGAUGCUCUGAACCAAUUGCUUGCUGCCGCCGAAGCCGGCAGCGGCUCAAGUCGUCCGCGCGAUGAGGGUUCAGAUCCUACGCGGCCCCGUCGCAACUCCCGGAGGACCCGGAUGGAAGACCUCGAAGAGCUUAUGAUGAUGGAAGCAAUCAGGCUGAGCUUGGCAGCUGAGGAAGAGCGGAAGAAGAAGGAGACCAAGGAAGCGGCAAAGGUUGCCAAGAAGGAGGAGAAGAAGAAAGCCAAGGAAGAGAAGAAGGCUGCAAAGAGCGGAAAGCUGUAUGGGUUCCAUCCCGUCGAGAUUCCUGGAGAAGAGGGUCAGCCGGGCCCAUCAAGCCAAGACGGCACCAAAGGCAAGGCGGUCGACCGGUCCGGCGCGGGCUUCAACCCCAUGAGCGAGCCGACGUCGACGGUCAAUGCGGGCGAAGCAUCAGCUGCCACACCUGCUGAUCCGCAGCGCCACCUCGAAGAGAGCCGCCAGCGGCUGCACUCGCAGCCCUCGCAGCACUCAGACUCGACCGUCGGUGGCGCGUCGUCGACACUCGACCCCAACACAGUCGGCGCGCACCGCAUGUCGCUGCGGCAGCACUCGACGGGGUCGUCAUCGGCGUCGUCGGCCGCGGAGUCGGAGUCGGAGCAGGACUCGCUGCGGAACACGACAAGCGCCGACGGCGGCCUCGAGGGCGCGUCCUCGUCAUUCGAGCCAUCGCCGAACGUCAGCGGAGUCAGUCUUGGCGGCGGCAGUACCGCGGGUGCUGGUGCCGGCGGUGCCGAGUUCAGCGAGGACACGACGCCCGGCGGCGGCGCGGGCACGGAGCCCAUGUUCAAUUUCCGCAGUUUGACGGCCGUGAUUGGGCAGGAGGAGGAGGCGGACAAGGGCGGCCGUGCCCAGCAUAUCGAGGUUGUGCCUGAGGCUGCCGCUGCCGUUGCUGCUGCUGUGGCUCAAUCUCAACCUCAAGCCCAGACGCAGGCACAGGCCCCGGCCGCUGCGCAGCCGCCGCCGCAGGCUGAUGCUGCUGAGCACGCAUACAUGGCUACUGCUGCUACGGCCUCGCCGUUUACGGACGCGGCAGAGGUACUCGACACGCCGCAGGACCAGGCACAGGACCAGGCACAGGCACUGAACCUGCCCCCAUCGCAGCAGGGCGACAGCGCCAGCCGUGCCCGAGGUGAGAGCUCGGCGGCGGGCAGCAGCGGACCUCCGCCCGCCAUCUCCGUCACGCCGUCUAGUCCUGCGGUCACGCAGGGCGCGUUUGCGCCGCUGUUGCCGAUGCCGGAUUUGGGUGGGGAGGUUGAUGUUGCUGUUGGUGGUGGUGAGGGUGGUGUUGAGAGUGAGCGUGGUAAGGGUGUUGAGGGUGAGGGUGAGGGUGAGGGAGGGGAGGGAGUGCAUUGA